GCGGGAGGAGGGCGGUGGCGGCUGGUUGGGGCCCCGCCCGCGGAUGGUCCUGUCGCCGGGCGGCCCACACGACUCGCCUCAGCCCCGGAACGGCGGCGGCGGCGGCCCAGGCUUCGGGAGCAGGAAGGCCCAGGAGGCGGGAACAUGGCGGGGCGGCUGCCGGCCUGUGUGGUGGACUGUGGCACCGGGUACACCAAACUGGGAUACGCCGGAAACACAGAACCGCAGUUCAUCAUUCCGUCAUGCAUCGCCAUCAAGGAGUCGGCCAAGGUGGGCGACCAGGCCCAGCGGAGGGUGAUGAAGGGCGUGGACGACCUGGACUUCUUCAUCGGGGAUGAGGCCGUGGAGAAGCCCACCUACGCCACCAAGUGGCCCAUCCGGCACGGCAUCGUGGAAGACUGGGAUCUGAUGGAGCGCUUCAUGGAGCAGGUCAUCUUCAAAUACCUGCGCGCGGAGCCCGAGGAUCACUACUUCCUCCUGACCGAGCCGCCGCUCAACACGCCGGAGAACCGCGAGUACACCGCCGAGAUCAUGUUCGAGUCCUUCAACGUGCCGGGCCUCUACAUCGCCGUGCAGGCCGUCCUCGCCCUGGCCGCCUCCUGGACGUCGCGCCUGGUCGGGGAGCGGACGCUGACCGGCACGGUGAUCGACAGCGGGGACGGCGUGACCCACGUGAUCCCCGUGGCCGAGGGCUACGUGAUCGGCAGCUGCAUCAAGCACAUCCCCAUCGCCGGGCGGGACAUCACCUACUUCAUCCAGCAGCUGCUCCGCGAGCGCGAGGCCGGGAUCCCCCCGGAGCAGUCCCUGGAGACCGCCAAGGCCGUCAAGGAGCGUUUCAGCUACGUGUGCCCCGACCUGGUGAAGGAGUUCAACAAGUACGACACGGACGGCUCCAAGUGGAUCAAGCAGUACACGGGGAUCAACGCCAUCUCCAAGAAGGAGUUCUCCAUCGACGUCGGCUACGAGCGCUUCCUGGGCCCCGAGAUCUUCUUCCACCCCGAGUUUGCGAAUCCGGAUUUCACGCAGCCCAUCUCGGAGGUGGUGGACGAGGUCAUCCAGAACUGCCCCAUCGACGUCAGGCGGCCCCUCUACAAGAACAUCGUCCUGUCGGGGGGGUCCACCAUGUUCCGGGACUUCGGGCGCCGCCUGCAGCGGGACCUGAAGCGCACCGUGGACGCCCGCCUCAAGCUGAGCGAGGAGCUGAGCGGAGGCCGCCUGAAGCCGAAGCCGAUGGACGUGCAGGUGAUCACCCACCACAUGCAGCGCUACGCCGUCUGGUUCGGGGGCUCCAUGCUGGCUUCCACGCCCGAGUUCUACCAAGUGUGCCACACCAAGAAGGACUACGAGGAGAUCGGGCCCAGCAUCUGCCGCCACAACCCCGUCUUCGGGGUCAUGUCCUAGGGACCCCCCGCCCCGGCCCCCGGGGGUGCGGAGAAGGGGGUCUUCCCCCCU